CAUGGUUUACUGCUUCCUCUAGCCAUGGGCCUUUGGGGAAUACUCUGGUUUUUAAUCUUCCUGGGAAAAAGCUGGGGACAAGAACAAACAUAUGUCAUUUCAGCACCAAAAGUAUUCCGUGUUGGAGCAUCUGAAAAUGUUGUAAUUCAAGUUUAUGGAUACACUGAAGCAUUUGAUGCAACAAUCUCUAUUAAAAGUUAUCCUGAUAAAAAAAUUCAUUAUUCCUCAGGCUAUGUUAGUUUAUCCUCAGAAAAUAAAUUCCAAAACUCUGCAGUCUUAACAAUACAACCAAAACAAGUGUCUGGAGGACAAAACCCAGUUUCAUAUGUGUAUUUGGAAGUUGUAUCAAAGCAUUUUUCAAAAUCAAAAAAAGUACCAAUAACCUACGACAAUGGAUUUCUCUUCAUUCACACAGACAAACCUGUUUACACUCCACACCAGUCAGUAAAGGUUAGAGUAUAUUCAUUGAAUGAUGACUUGAAGCCAGCCAAAAGAGAAGCUGUCUUAACUUUCAUAGAUCCGGAAGGAUCAGAAGUUGACAUAGUAGAAGAAAAUGAUUACACUGGAAUUAUAUCUUUUCCUGACUUCAAGAUUCCACCUAAUCCUAAAUAUGGUAUGUGGACCAUCCGAGCUAAAUAUAAAGAGGACUUUUCAACCACUGGAACUACAUAUUUUGAAAUUAAAGAAUAUGUUCUGCCACAUUUUUCGGUCUCAAUAGAACCAGAAAGUAAUUUCAUUGGUUAUAAAGACUUUAAGAAUUUUGAAAUUACUAUAAAAGCAAGAUAUUUUUAUAAUAAAGUAGUCAGUGAGGCUGACGUUUAUAUCUUUUUUGGAAUUAAAGAAGACUUAAAAGAUGAUCAAAAAGAAAUGAUGCAAAAAGCAAUGCAAAACACAUUGUUGACAAAUGGAAUUGCACGAGUCACAUUUGAUUCUGAAACAGCGGUGAAAGAACUGUCCUAUAACGGUCUAGAAGAUUUAAACAACAAGUACCUUUAUAUUGCUGUAAAUGUCAUAGAGGCUACAGGUGGAUUUUCUGAAGAGGCAGAAAUACCUGGCAUCAAAUAUGUCCUUUCUCCCUACAAACUGAAUUUGGUUGCUACUCCUCUUUUCUUGAAGCCUGGGAUUCCAUAUUCUAUCAAGGUGCAGGUUAAGGAUUCGCUUGACCAGUUGGUAGGAGGGGUCCCAGUAACCCUGAAUGCACAAACAUUCGAUGAAAAUCAAGAGGCAACUGACUUGGAGCCAAGGAAAAGUGUAACACGUGUCACUGAUGGAGUAGCUUCGUUUGUGGUUAAUCUCCCAUCUGGAGUGACGGUGCUGGAGUUUAAUGUCCAAACCGAUGACCCAGAUCUUCCAGAAGGAAAUCAGGCCAACGAAGUUUACCGAGCAAUAGCAUAUUCGUCUCUCAGCCAAAGUUACCUUUAUAUUGAUUGGACUGAAAACCAUAAAGCUUUGCUCGUGGGAGAACAUUUGAAUAUUAUUGUUACCCCCAGAAGUCCGUAUAUCGAAAAAAUAACUCACUAUAAUUACUUGAUUUUGUCCAAGGGCAAAAUUGUACACUUUGGCACAAGGGAAAAACUUGCAGAUGCAUCUUACCAGAGUAUAAACAUUCCAGUGACACAGAACAUGGUUCCUUCAGCCCGUCUCCUGGUUUACUACAUUGUCACAGGAGAGCAGACAGCAGAAUUAGUGUCUGACUCAGUCUGGUUAAAUGUUGAAGAAAAGUGUGGCAACCAGCUCCAGGUAAACCUGUCUCCUGGUGCAGAUACAUAUUCUCCAGGCCAAACUAUGUCUCUGAAUAUGGCAACCGAGCUGAACUCAUGGGUGGCAUUAGCAGCAGUGGACAGCGCUGUGUAUGGAGUGAAAGGAGGAGCCAAAAGACCCAUGGAAAGAGUAUUUCAGGUUUUAGAGAAGAGUGAUCUGGGCUGUGGGGCCGGUGGUGGCCACAACAAUGCAGAUGUGUUCCAUCUAGCUGGACUUACCUUCCUCACCAACGCAAAUGCAGACAGCUCCCACGAAAGUGAUGAGCCUUGUAAAGAAAUUCUCAGGCCAAGAAGAACACUGCAAGAGAAAAUACAGGAAGCAGCUGCUAAAUACAAACAUCGAGUAACAAAGAAAUGUUGUUACGAUGGAGCCCAUCGUAAUGAUGAUGAAAGCUGUGAACAGCGAGUAGCCCGGGUUACCAUAGGGCCAAUAUGCAUCAGAGCUUUCAACGAAUGUUGUAUCAUUGCAAACCAGUUUCGUGCAAACCACUCUCAUAAAAAUAUGCAACUGGGAAGGCUACAUAUAAAGACGCUGUUACCAGUAAGCAAGCCAGAAAUUCGGAGCUAUUUUCCAGAAAGCUGGUUAUGGGAAGUUCAUUAUGUUCCCACAAGAAACCAGUUGCAGUUUACACUACCUGAUUCUCUAACUACCUGGGAAAUUCAGGGUGUUGGCAUUUCAAAUAGUGGUAUAUGUGUUGCUGAUACUCUCAAGGCAAAGGUGCUCAAAGAUGUCUUCCUGGAAAUGAAUAUACCAUAUUCUGUUGUACGAGGGGAACAGGUCCAAUUGAAAGGCACCGUUUACAACUAUAGGACCUCUGGGAUGCAGUUCUGUGUUAAAAUGUUUACUGUGGAGGGAAUCUGUACGUCAGGAAGCUCCGCCACUGAUCAUCAGGACACGAAGCCCUCUAAGUGUGUGCUACAAAAGAUAGAGGGCGUCUCCACCCACUUGGUCACCUUUAGUGUGCUUCCUCUGGAAAUUGGCCUCCACAACAUCAACUUUUCACUGGAGACUUCGUUUGGAAAAGAAAUCUUAGUAAAAACAUUACGAGUGGUGCCAGAAGGUGUCAAAAGGGAAAGUUAUUCUGGUGUUACUUUGGACCCUAAGGGUAUUUAUGGUGCCAUUAGCAGACGAAAGGAGUUCCCAUACAGGGUACCAUUAGAUUUGGUCCCCAAAACAAAAGUCAAAAGGAUUUUGAGUAUAAAAGGGAUGCUUAUAGGUGAGGUCCUGUCUGCAGUUCUAAGUCAGGAAGGCAUAGAUAUCCUAACCCACCUACCCAAGGGGAGUGCAGAGGCGGAGCUAAUGAGCAUUGUUCCAGUGUUCUACGUGUUUCACUACCUGGAAGCAGGAAAUCAUUGGAACAUAUUUCAUUCUGACUCAUUAACUGAAAAACAGAACCUGGAGAAAAAAUUAAAAGAAGGGAUGGUGAGCAUUACGUCCUACAGAAAUGCUGACUAUUCUUACAGUGUGUGGAAGGGCGGAAGUGCUAGCACGUGGUUAACAGCUUUUACUUUAAGAGUACUUGGACAAGUAAAUAAGUAUGUCAAGCAAAACCAAAAUUCAAUUUGUAAUUCUUUAUUGUGGCUGGUUGAGAAUUGUCAAUUAGAAAAUGGAUCCUUCAAGGAAAAUUCCCAGUAUCAACCAAUAAAAUUACAGGGUACGUUGCCUGCUGAAGCCCGAGAGAAGAGUUUAUAUCUUACAGCCUUUAGUGUGAUUGGAAUUAGAAAGGCUUUUCAUAUCUGCUCUCUGACGAAAAUCAAUACAGCUGUAACUAAAGCUGACACCUUUCUUCUUGAAAAUACCCUCCCGGCCCAGAGCACCUUUACACUGGCCAUUGCUGCUUAUGCUCUUUCCCUGGGAGAUAAAACUCACCCACAGUUUCGUUUAAUUAUUUCAGCCUUGAAGAGGGAAGCUUCAGUUAAAGGUAACCCACCCAUUUAUCGUUUUUGGAAAGAUGAUAUUCUACAAAAAGAUAGCGCUGUGCCUAACACUGGCACGGCACAUAUGGUGGAGGCUACUGCCUAUGCUUUACUUGCCAGUCUGAACUUGAAAGAUAUGAAUUAUGUUAAACCAAUCAUCAAGUGGCUAUCCGAAGAACAGAGGCAUGGAGGUGGCUUUUAUUCAACCCAGGACACAAUUAAUGCCAUCGAGGGCCUGACAGAAUAUUCACUCGCAAUAAAGCAACUCCACUUGAAUAUGGAUAUCAAUGUCUCUUACAAACACAAAGGUGACUUCCAUCAUUAUAAGGUGACAGAGACGAAUUUCCUUGGGCGGCCAAUAGAGGUACCUCUCAAUGAUGACCUUGUCGUCAGCACAGGAUACAGCAGUGGCUUGGCUAUGGUACAUGUAAAAACUGUAGUUCACAAAACCAGUACCUCUGAGGAAGUUUGCAGCUUUUAUUUGAAAAUUGAUACCCAGGAGAUUGAAGCAUCCAGCUACAGAGGCUAUGGUGGCUCGGAUUACAAACGCAUAGUAGCAUGUGCCAGUUACAAGCCCAGCAGUAGAGAAUCAUCGUCUGGAUCCUCCCAUGCAGUGAUGGAUAUCUCUUUGCCUACUGGAAUCGGUGCAAAUGAAGAUGACUUAAAAGCUCUUGUGGAAGGGGUGGAUCAACUAUUAACUGAUUACCAGAUCAAAGAUGGACAUGUUAUUCUACAGUUGAAUUCGAUUCCCUCCAAUGAUUUCCUAUGUGUUCGAUUCCGGAUAUUUGAACUUUUUGAAGUUGGGUUUCUUAGUCCUGCUACUUUCUCAGUGUAUGAAUACCACAGACCAGAUAAACAGUGCACCAUGUUUUAUAGUACUUCCUAUAACAAGCUUCAGAAAGUCUGUGAAGGAGCCACAUGCAAGUGUGUAGAAGCUGACUGUGGGCAAAUGCAGGAGGAAUUGGAUCUGACAAUCUCUGCAGAUACCAGAAAACAAACAGCAUGUAAACCAGAGAUUGCAUAUGCUUACAAAGUUAGCAUUAAAUCCAUCACUGAAGAAAAUGUUUUUGUCAAAUAUACUGCAACCCUUCUGGAUAUUUACAAAACUGGGGAGGCUGUUGCUGAGAAGGACUCUGAAGUCACCUUUAUUAAAAAAAUGACCUGUACAAAUGCUGACCUGAUAAAAGGAAGACAGUAUUUAAUUAUGGGUAAAGAAGCCCUGCAGAUAAAAUACAAAUUCAGUUUCAGGUACAUCUACCCUUUAGAUUCCUCAACUUGGAUUGAAUACUGGCCUACAGACACAACAUGUCCAUCGUGUCAAGCAUUUUUAGCUAAUUUAGAUGAGUUUGCUGAAGACAUCUUUUUAAAUGGCUGUGAAAACGCCUGAAGAAUUCAGCUGCAUGUAGUUUUCACAUAUGGACUCCUGUUGUUGAAAUUCCUUUUUUCUUCUUAUGCUUUUGUUAAACAUUCACAGCUGGUCUUAUUUGUAAAGCUCACCUUACUUAAAGCUAGUGGCGUUUGCUUUUGUUAGAGAACAAUUUUGAGAACGGUAACUUUCUGAGAUAACAUGACCUUGUGGGGCAAUGUCUCAGAUACUCCAGGGUUAUUGGACACCGGAAGCAAUAAAUUGGAACACCUCCUAAAACCUACCGCUCAGGAAUGUUUGCUGGGGCCAAAGAAUAGCUCGUUGAAAUGUAGUAUCUUACAAAAACAUGGCCUUUGCUUGAAAGAAAACACCAAGGAGCAGAAAACUCAUAAUUAAAGCCUCAAUUUGCUUUCAAAA